GCAUUUCCUCCGCCGCGGACCGUCCUCCGAAGGGAGUCGGUUUCCUGCCGCUGCCGCCGCCCGCACUCGGCGCUGGCUCCCGGGGAGCGGCCGCAGGCGGAUAUGGGCCCCCGCUCCGUCCCGCUCCUGCCGCUGCUCCUGGCGCUGCUCGGCCGCCCGGACCCCGGGAGAGCCGAGGGCUGUGACCUGCAGCCGGUGGCAGAGGAGGCACCCAUCACCCUCUCCUAUGCCACCAGCACGGUGCCACGGGGCUGCGUCAGCAACAGCUCCAUGGACACUGCCCAUGAAGUCCAUGUCCUCAGCGUCAAGUGGUCCAAGGCCUCUCCUGUCCCUCUGAAGGUGACAGUCACUCCAGGAGCCGAUGCCUGCAGACGGCCAGCAGUGCUCAUCCUCCUCUGCACCCGCUGCUCUGCCACCAUCACCUCCCCAUGCUCAAACCUGAUCAUCCAUACCGAUGCCCACCUCAGCCCAGAGACCAUCAGAGCUCCAAACCCUGAGCCAUCCAUGGUCUCCAGUGAGGGGAAGCUGCUGACCUGGGUUCUGGACACCUAUGGGGGCAUCACAUCCUACAGCGAGCUGCAGGACCCCCGCAGUGUCCAGCUCCACCUGGGAGAAGAUGCCCGCAGCCCUCCAGAAUGCACUCCCCAGGAGCACUUCAAUGCCGCUCUGCACCUUGAGACUGAGGUCUUCUUCCACGGGGUGAAGGGCUGCUCACGCAGUGACACCCAGAGCACCAGGGCCGCUCACAUCAUCCAUCUGCAGUCGGAGCCCAGCUCCCCCAUCAGAGAGGUGAACCUGUCUCUGAGUUGUCCUGACAAUUAUGCUGGCAACCAGAUCCUCAUCCUGCAGAGCAAGGUCAACUUCACCUGGUCCCUCUUCUUGAAAUGCCCCAUCCAAUUAAUGGUCUCUGGGAGUUACAAGAUGGUGUCCUUAUUCCCAAUGCUGUUCCCUGGGGAGCUGCUGCCUGACACGGAGCAGGACCUCAUCGCUAAAGCCUUUGAGAAGAACUACAGUGUCAUUGCCUCCUACUCUGCCAUCCCUGCUAGCACCCACAUCAGCCUGGAGAUUCAGGGGCACGAGAUGGUUGAGAUGCCUGUGGCGACCACUCCCACUCCACAGCCUCCAGACUUGCCCCACCAGGUGCUGCUCACGCUCAAGCCCUGGAAGUGCACAGAUGAAACCAUGGAGAUCGUCAUCAUCAGGUCCUACCUGGAGCCCAUCAAGGACGUGGUGAACAUCACCCUGAGGGACAUCAGCUGCCAGGCAGAGAAAAAUGCCACCCACUUCAUGUUGAAAAGCCCCCUCAACCACUGCGGCACCUCACUGGAGGGCAGGGGCUAUGCCAACAAUGAGCUCAUCCUCAGCCUGGCCAAGGACGCAGUGCUCCGAAGUGUGCGGGUGGGCUUCCAGUGCGAGAUCCCACGGGAACUCUUCCUGCGCCUUUUCCCCACGGCUGCCUUUGAGGCACCACAGACGGAGCUGGAGAUCAACAAGGAGGCCUUUGUGCAGGCGUCCAUGCGGUGGAUGGAUCACCCAGCUGACCUGCAGCUGAAGGAGUGCUGGCUGGUGGCCUCAGGGCGGGAGCCGGUGCUGCUGGUGCAGGGUGGGGAGGCUCGUGGGGCGGGGGUGGUCGUGCUGGAGGGCCCCCCCAGCAGCCACGGGAGGAAGAUCUGGCGUUUCCGCUUCACCUACACCGUUCCUGAGGGGGGACACAUGCCCUUCUCUGCCAUCCUCAAGUGCAAGGCCGGCUUGCAGAAUGACACCAUCUUUGAGAAGGUCUUGGAGGUGACAGUGAAGGAUGCCUGGAGGCCGCUCAACUACCGUGGGCUGGGGCUGCCUGCUGUCCUGGGCAUCACCUUCGGCGCCUUCCUCAUCGGGGCACUCCUCACUGCCGGGCUCUGGUACAUCUACUCACACACCCGUCCCAUCUCCAAACUGCAGCCGGUUUCCAGCACGGCGCCAGCCUCGGAGAGCAGCAGCACCAACCACAGCAUCGGCAGCACCCAGAGCACCCCCUGCUCCACCAGCAGCAUGGCCUGACGUCCCCGGGCCACCCCGAGCCCACAAAGCCCCCGGCCGACGGACUUGGGGACCCACUCCAGUGCCAUUAAGCUGAUAUUUUGCCCCAAAUCUCAGGCCGAGCCCAGAGGGGGCCUCCAUUACUCAUUCAGUGAAUGCUUUGGCCCCCCGAGGGCAGCCCACACCGGGGGGGGGGCACCCUGCAACCCCCCUGGGGUCCCCCGCUGCAGUGGGGAGGCAGAAAGAGCAGCUAUUGCCAAAACCUCCCACAAGGCUCCCCAUCAAAUGGGGGGGGAAGAAGAAGUGGGUGCCCCCUGGACAUGCCCCAGCACUUGGGGUGACCCCCGUGCCCCUCCUGCAUCCCCCCGAGAAGGCAGCAGGCACCAGUGGGAGCAGCAAGAGGUUUAUUUGCGGAGGAUGGUGCAAGGCUGCUGCCCUCCCACAGGACGAUGGGCAGAACCCACCACUCCCCCCAGCUCCCUGUCCAAGUUACAAACUCUUAUCAAUAAUAAUAAAAACUUUCCCUAUGUUAAAUUAGUUGCGCCCUGAUGCUGAGCCUUGACACAGCUUGAGGCUCCCACCUACCAGGCAUUGGGACCUCAUCACAGCCUGGGGCAGCCCCCCAAACCCUGGGGGCCCCCCUGGUCAGUCUCACUAGGGAGGGGAUGGAGACCAGGAGCAUCCCCCCAUGGACAGUGUCCCGGGAAGGGCACAGGCAAAAGGCACUGGGGUGAAAACAGCCAAGCCAGGAUGGGGUGAGGAGGGUCCCACAUCCCCCUCCAGAUGCCUCCAAGCAUCACUGGGGGCAAAACUGUUGC